AUGGGGGCCCUUGCCGAAAGCAUCAAAGGCAUCAGAGGGGGCAUCAGAGGGGAGCUUGCUGUCACCAGUUGCAACAUAAGCUCUGCCACCACUCCAAGGAAGCAUGGGCCGCCACCUGUCUCCUUCCACCGAGCGCCUUUCCAACCGAGCCUUCAAAAAGGAGCUGUUUGCUUCAGCUCACCUUGCAAUGCACAAGGCCUUGAUGCCACCACCGCCCUCUACGCUGCAACCACCACCUCUAUCGUCGACAAGAAUGGGCCUUCCCUGCAAAUAGUGUCUAGAGCUGAGCAAUCAUUGAAUAAGGUGACAGCGUCAGCGCGAGCUUAUGACCCCGUAGACACACGGGACAGGGCUGCAGCUGCGGCUUUUGAGAGCCGGGCGUCAAACGCUGUCAACUUAUUGAGCGAUGCACGGCAAGCAGCAGAUGCUGGGAGGUGGUCAGAAGCAUUGCAGACGUACUCCAAGAUCGUUGCUGAGUACAGCGACCUGGCAUUGGCAGCUUAUGCUCGAGUUGGCAGGGCUCUAGCCCUUUACGAGGUCGGAGACAAAGGAGAAGCGAUUCUGGAAUUGCAGGAUAUGAGCCUCGAGUUGAAAGGAUCUCCUGAAGUACAUGCAGCACUAGCUGCAACGUUAUACCAUGACAAGAAGCAAUUCGCUCAGGCUGAAAACCAGUUUGCAGCAGCCACUAUCCUGGACCCAAGGUACAACGAUCUUGAGUGGGUGCAAAAACAGAAGGUCUGGCCUCCAUCCCUGGUGCAAGCCCUGUCUUCUUUCUUGCUCCUGAAUUGACCAUGCAAGAACGUGCAAACGGAUCGACUUGAUCAUUGUUUCGGCAUGAUCAUGUACACCAGCUCUGCGUUCUUUGACUAUGUGUUAGUGGACCGGCCUUUCAGAAAGGCCUUUAAGAGAUUGACCUA